GGGUAUGGGGAGAUCUAUCCAGUUACUCUGCCUGGUAAGGUGGUGUGUGUCUUGUAUGCCAUGGUGGGCAUCCCUCUCAUGCUUCUGGUCAUCCUCGAUGUAGGAGACUUCCUCGCUAUGCUGAUGUCCAGAACCUAUUUACGGAUUCACAAAUUCUGCAAAAUCCUCCGCUCCCACACUUGGUCACCAUGGAAGGCUCGGAAAAGGGCUGGGGACUCAAGACACCGGGCCCUGGAGGACGGUACCUUUGUUUUCAGUCAUGACAUUGUAGUCCGUGAACCACUCGACAUCCGGCAGGUGCUGCACAGCCAGGUGGAUGUACGGCACAAGUCUAUCCAGCUCCAAAACAACAAAGAGAUAUUUGAGAAGAUUAUCGCCAGGGAGAACCUACUUAGAAAGGUCCCACUACUCAGGACCCUCUCCUGCCCAGAGCUAGACCAGCUGCCGCCACCACCAAAAGGAUAUGCCAUAUGGGAUUUCACAGGGUUAGGGGAUGGAAUGGAAAUGCUGGAUGUACCCUUUGUACUGAUUCUUUUUAUUGUGUUUGCCUAUAUUUUGUUUGGGGGUUUGAUUUUACCAUUGUGGGAAACUGAAUUUAAGGGUUUUGACCCCUACUACUUCUGCUUCAUCACGCUCACAACCAUUGGUUUUGGUGACAUUGUACCUAAUCAUCCCAAGUAUUUCAUGCUAACCUCACUUUUCAUCAUUGUUGGCAUGGCUAUCAUGUCCAUGGCCUUCAAGCUGGGCCAAACACGAAUCGUAACCUUCUACCGCCAAUUCAUCAAGUACAUUAGCAGGGGAAAUAUGGAGACUUCCAGAAAUGAAGAGAACGACUAAGUCAUCAGGAGUCUCCGCCUCAUGUCUGAGAGUUGUACAAGUUCACAGUCUAGGUUUUGACACAGGCCCAAAAUGUGAGCCUGUGGGAACUUCUCCACUGUGUUCUUUGUGCUGGCUGUCCACUUAUAAGCAUGAGCAAAAUAAAAGUGUGCAUGUGCCAAAAGCUUUUGCCCAUUGAAGGACAGUGAUACUCAAAAUGAUUCCUGUGAAGAAGAACUUCAAAAUUUGUAUAUCUACUUACAGUGUCUUGCCAAUGUUUAAGGUUGAAGUUGUUACAGUUGUUCUGCCUUACAGCACUAUAGAGGUUCGACACAAUUGUGUUGCAUUUAAAUAUAGGUCAGAACUCUGAUAA